CAAUGUAUAUGCUGAAGCAAAUACGACGUUAUUUUUUCUUUGCAAUGAAGAAUCGCCGAGAAUAGUGCAAUAUGUUAGACAGGCUAUUUUCUUUGGUUUUAGUUAUAUUUCUGUACGUUUCCAUAGUCCCUACUUUGGGAUUUGUUAUAAAAGAUAUCUACGAGGAUCACACAUUUGCAUUUGCAAAUAAACCUCUGGAAAUAAAUCACACUGUACAUGUUCACGAGAAUGCAACGUUGACAAUUAAACCUGGUGUUAAAAUAAAGUUUUCAGCAGAAGGAGGUUUUAAUAUCCUUGGACAACUUGUUGCAAAUGGGUCCGAGACACUUCCAAUCGACGUUGACUCGUCAAACGUCGAAGGUGCAGCAAAUAUUUUCAGCUACGAUCUUGCUGUAGGGUUCCACAUUCUGAGGUUGAUUAGUGGAAACGGGUUUAGCACUGGCAGACUGGAAGUCUUUCAUGAAGGAAUUUGGGGAACUGUUUGCAGCGAUUGGUGGUCGCAAAUAAACAGUGAUGUUGCGUGUCGUGAACUUGGCUUUUCAACUGGUACAUUGACGACGGAAUUUUCCAAUGGAGAAGGACAAAUCUGGCUGGAUGAUGUGAGGUGUACAAAGGCCGAUAACUCAAUGAAACAUUGUUCACACCGUGGAUUUGGUAACCACAAUUGUGAACACAACCAAGACGUUGGGCUGAGAUGCACCGAAUCUAAACUGAGUGAGAAACCUCAAGACCGCUCGAAAGGCCUGUUCCAUUUUAGUGGUAAAAGAAAAUCCUUCUUGAAAUUCGUUAGAAUACAAGGCACCCAGCAACACCAAGCAAAAAAUUUAUCACCGCUAAAAUUUUCUUAUUUCAAACGCAGUGCAAUUGUAUGUGAAGGUAAAUGUCCCUAUUUCGAUGAGCUACACAUAACCGGCUUCGCUGUGGCGGUCGAAGUCCGCAACUACGUUAAGAAUCUGCUUAGAAAUAUAAACAUCUCAAACUGUCUCUAUGGUGUUAUGGCAUUGAAUGGUUACGGCAAAGAUGUUUCAUUUCAUAGCAAUAUCAUAGAUGUCUUCGGCUUGGAGAAAAUUACCGUUACAAACUCCCGUGUUGGGAUUAUGUUAGCUAAUCAUUCUUCUCUACCGAUCGAGUUAAAAGAAAUUGCGAUUACCAACUGUUUCUCCGGGGUGUCUAUCUCAAAGGCGAUAUUAACAAAUGUUAGGAUGUCUGGACUGCAGCUUGAUACUGGUGUCAAUGCAAUCUCAUCAACGACAACGCUUGGGCAUUUGCAAAACGUGGAUAUUUGUAGUAACUAUCACGUCUAUAAUAGGUCAUUUCCUGUGGAAAUCGUUCAUUCCACUUAUGGAGCUAACGUGAACCCUUGUUCCAUGGUAGGUGAAUUGUUUGACCAUGUUAUUAGAGUUAUGAAAGAAAAGUUAGGAUGCCCUUGUAUAUAG